ACAUCUAGAUAAACACACUGGCUGGUGCGGCAGCUCCCUCUGCAAGCGCUGCUCCAUUGUCAGCAGGUCGCUUCUUGGAGGCUCUCUUCCUUCUUGGAGGCUUUCGCACUUCAUGCUGCAGUCAGGAGCUCGGGGCAGUCCAGCAUGAUUGUUCUCACCGUGCUGUUCCUUUGCAUCAUUUCCACAUAUUCAGCCUCUGUUAAAGGGCACACUACUGGACCAAGCUUAAGUAAUGAUAGAUUAUAUAAAUUUGCUUACACUGCUGAAGUCUAUGUUGAUCGGGCUAAAGCAUCCCUGCAGAAAAGUGCAGGCUACCGGUUGUCUGCUGGUGUAGAUGUCAACAUCUUAUGGAGAAAUCCUGAAAAUGAUGAUGACCAGUUGAUCAAAGUUAUGAUAAGAAAUGUCCAAGUAGAAAAUGUGAAUGAACGUCCAUCUGAUAAAAACAUCUUCAAAGGAAAAAGCACGGAGAAAAUCAUCGGCAAAAAAUAUCUGGAAGCUCUACAGAGGCCCAUGGUGCUUGAGUUAGCCCGCGGAAAAGUCCAAAACUUCUACUCAUAUGAAAAUGAACCUGGUUUUACUCAAAAUCUUAAGAGAGGUCUGGCUAGCCUUUUCCAGCUGCAGUUGCACUCUGGUAGUGUUCGUGAGGUGGACAUAUCUGGGAAAUGCAAUGUUACUUACCAAGUGCAGCAAAAUCAAGUGACUAAAAUAAAAGCUCUGGACUCCUGUGAAAUAGAAAAAACAGGGUUUACCAGCCAUAACCAGAUUUUAGAUGUCAGCACAAAAGCCACAUCUGCCACAAUUUAUGCGCUGGAAGACAGUUUCAUUAAAUCCAUUAAGGCGGAAGAGAAUUUCGUUUUCCUUCUGAAUUCCCGACGAAAAACAGGUGCCAAAAUAGUUUCAAAGCAGAGACUGGAACUGCAAUCAGUAGAAGCUGGCCCUGGACUGAUUGCUGGGAAGCAUGUUGCUGGUGUUAUCAAGACUUUGGACUCCAGUUACGUUUCCUUGCCACUAGUAGCAGAGACAGUCAAAUCUGAAUCCAAGAAACGUCCUUCACUUUCUGAACACUGGAAAAGCAUCAAAGAACACAUGCAUCCUGAAAAACUUUCCAAAGCUGAAGCAGCAAGAAGUUUUUUAUCCUUCAUUCAGAACACCAGAAAAGCUACAAAAGAGGAGAUACUUCAGAUUAUUAAAACUGAAAAUAAAGAACUGCUUCCACAGAUAGUGGAUGCCGUAACAUCUGCUCAGACGCCAGCAUCACUGGAAGCCAUACUGGAGUUUCUUGACUUUAAGGAUGCAAGCACUUCCAUCCUGCAGGAGCGAUUCCUAUAUGCCUGUGGAUUUGCUUCUCACCCCAGUGAAAUGCUCCUGAGAACUUUAACUUCAAAGUUCAAGGGUGAUAUUGCGAAUGAAGAAAUCAGAGAAACUGUUGUCAUUGUCAUGGGAGCACUCAUCCGAAAGCUGUGUGACAGAGAAGGCUGCAAGCUUCCGGCUGUUGUAGAAGCCAAAAAGUUGAUUCUAGGUAGGUUGGAAAAGCCUAAGAAAGAUGAGAAUGUGAGGAUGUACCUGUUGGCACUGAAGAACGCACUCCUUCCCGAAGCAAUUCCACUGCUUCUGAAGUACGCAGAGUCAGAAGAAGGGCACAUCAGCAAUGCUGCUGUUACCACCUUACAGAGAUACGAUCCUUCUUUUCUCACCAACGAGGUGAGGAAAACAAUGAAUAGGAUAUACCACCAGAAUCGUAAAGUCUAUGAAAAGACAGUGCGAACCACUGCAGCUGCUGUCAUCUUGAACAGUAACCCAUCCUACAUGGAAGUGAAAAACAUCCUGCUCUCCAUAGGAGAACUGCCUCUGGAAAUGAACAAGUACAUGCUCUCCAUAAUCCAAGAUAUACUUCAGCUUGAAAAGCCUUCAAGCAAAACAGUUCGGAAAGUUCUGAAGGACAUGCGUGCUCAUAACUAUGAGCGCUUCUCCAAGUCAGGAUCUUCCUCUGCUUACUCUGGCUAUAUUACACGUGGUCCUGAUAUAUCAGCCACGUACAGCCUAGACAUCCUCUACUCAGGCUCUGGCAUUUUAAGAAGAAGCAACUUGAACAUCCAUGUUUUUGACAGAAAUGCUCAACUUCAUGCUGGACAGGUGGUGAUUGAAGCUCAAGGUCUAGAGACCAUAAUAGCUGCAACUCCUGAUGAAGGCGAGGAAAACCUGGACUCCUUUGCUGGCAUGUCAGCCAUUUUGUUUGAUAUCCAACUCAGGCCAGUUACAUUUUUCCAAGGCUAUGGUGAUUUAAUGUCUAAAAUGCUCUCAGCAACUGGAGAUCCCAUUAGCGUCGUGAAAGGACUUAUCCUCCUGACAGACUACUCACAGGAGUUCCAGCUGCAAUCCGGACCUAGAGCAAGUGCAGACUUCCAAGGGGGCCUGGCCAUUGACAUCUCAGGAGGGAUGGAGUUCAGCCUGUGGUACAGGGAGUCCAAAACCAAUGUCAAGAACCGGAUAGCCAUGUUUGUAGCUGGUAAUGCUGAGGUGGAUUCCUUCUUUCUAAAAACUGGUAUGGAAACCACUUUGGAAAUUGAAACAGCAUUAGACUUUAUCUCCACGGUGCAGUUUUCACAGUACCCCUUCUUAGUCUGUAUGCAGAUGGACAGAGUUGGCUCUCCUUUCAGGCAUUCUGUGACCAAGUAUGAAAGCCUACCCUCUGGCAGACGGUACACUGCAAGGAGAGGGAAAGCAGAAACGUUGGAAGGUUGUGAAUACCCUCUCCAUCAAGAAAACUCCAACAUGUGCAGGAAGGUUUUCAGCACUGCAUCUGAUUCCUCAAGCAGCUGGUUUUGAAACAGGCACCUUGAGCUUUUGGUGUCCUGAAUCCAUGGCUCAGUCGAUGACUUAGGCUUGUAUGUACCGUACUAACUUGGAGCUUGAUCUUGCACUACUGCAGGUAAUGGGAAAUUUGCCAUUGAUUUCAACAGGCCAGGAUCAGUCUCCCAGUGUGUGCACAGUGUUUACAUAAUAAACUAUAUUUAAGACUUUUGUAAAAAAAAAAAAAAGAAAAAGAAAGGUAGGGCAAAUAAAGACUAAUUUGGUAGUUCUUUAUUUGUACUUUUUGUGCCAAAAGCAAAGAUAAUUGCUCAUUUUUCUUUUUUUAGGGAGUACAGCAGAAGUCCAUGUUUUUGACAUGCAGUAAGAAAAAUUAUGAUAUGUAAAGACUGAUUAUUUAUGAAUAUGUUUGAAAAUAUUUGGGUGUUUUAGGCCUAUGACCAAUCCUUGUUGAUAUUGAAAUAGAGUUAACAUCCAGAUGGAACCAUGAAUUCCUGGUUACUCAGUAGUGUCUGUUUACAACAAAAUGGGUUUUAAUUUACAUGAUUUUAAAUGUGUAUUUUUUUUUAAAGUGGUCAGAACUUGCUUGUUAUUAUUUAUCUUUUUUUUUUUUUUUUUUUU